AUGUCAUCAGAAAUAUCGGAGGCAGUGGCAACGCCGGACUCAUCUACGUUUUCUCCACCCCACGAGCAUGACGAAGGACAGGCGCCGGAGGAUACCAAUGAACUCGAUUACAACAGAGAAGUGCUAAUGAAAAAACUACAGGACAUGCCCAUGGAAACAUUGAAGGCAAUUAUAACGAACCAACUUGAUUUAGAAAUUCGCCUCAAGCACAAGGAGCUUUCUCUAACUGAGAAGGAGGUGGGUAAAUGCGAGUCCCAAAUGAUCACACUAAGAAAAUUCUUCAAGAUACCAUCCAAUGUGAAUUUCGACAAUGAGCCAAAUGGGUUCACUCACAAAUAUUCUAACUUAUUGAGUCAAGCAUUAAAUGUCAACUAUGAGAAUAUAUCGAAAUUGUCUUCGUUGGCCGACUUACUAGGACCUGGUGCUAUACUUGGAGGAGCAGUAGGAGAUGGAAAUAGAAUAUCAUAUUCUGCUUCAUCUUCAGUUUCUUCUAUGGGUGGUGCUGGACAGGGGGAUGGAUUUGGAAGCGGAGAGUUUACUAGCGGUGGCAGUCUUGGCGGUGACGAUGGGGACUUACCCACACAUUCUUAUAGAACCCGAUCGACAACUUCAUCCUUGAGACCCAGCUCGUCCAUGUCUUCUCGGAGACAAACAUAUGGAUGUUUGUAUAGACGAACCGAUGGCAUAAUUGUAAAGCUCACAUGUCCAACUUGCCUUCGUAGUAACUUCUCAUCAGCUCAAGGAUUUUUGAAUCAUAGCCGAAUUGCCCAUUCGAAAGAAUAUACUUCCCAGGAUGCAGCUGCUUUGCAAUGUGGUGAAAUCCUUCCAAAUGAAGAGCAAGACGAAGAGGGUAUUUUAAGUUUACAGAACUUAAAAUUGAAAGGGUUAGAUCCAAAAAACCAUUUAAAUGUGAAUGAAAUAUAUUUCAAUGGCUUGAGUACAUCUAUGAACUACGAGAGAAACGAUGGACAGCCGUCAGGUCAAAGCAAAGCUCAAAAUCAAAAUCAAAGCCAAAAUCACAACCAGAAUCAGCAUCAGCAUCAUCAGCAGGCUUCUCAAAAGCCACUUGAUAUUCCUCGUAGGAAAAGCAAUGAUCAGCUUAUGAAAAAGCUUAUUGCGAAAGGUAUAACUUCUGAUAAGAAGGAAUACGAUAAAUUGGUUCUUGACACCAUGAGCGAGGUGAAAAACUCACACCUUUUUAAUGGAGAAGAGGAUGAGGUUGACGAAGGAGAUAAUGAAGACAGCCUGAAUACUAAUAACAACAGUAAUUCUGUCAAUAAUAGCAAUAAUGCUGAAGAUGAGAGUCGUAGAGAUAAAAUCAGAAGAAAGAGUAGAGGAGGCGUUGGGAUCUCAAAACCUGGUAGCUACUCAAGCAAGAAUAACAAAAAUGCAGGCGCAUCAAGUUCGAUACAUUCAGGUUUGCCUAAGUUGAAGCUCAAGAUUAAAAGAAGUAGUGAGGGUGUCUAA